GAGCCGCGCCCUUCUUUGCAAAACUUGAGCUCAAUGGCUUCUCCUGAACGAGCAGACAAUACAAAUCAACUGCAAAUUACUGAUCUUACUAAGGUACUUCAAUUACUCAAAAGACAUGGUUAUUCAGGGACCACAUACUAUGAGCUUGGUCUGUUUUUUGGUCUAUCUCCUGCUACACUAGAUAUCAUUACAAAGAAUAACAGAGAUGAUGUUAAGAGCUGUCUACGUGAAUGUCUUACUAAAUGGUUAGAGAAAGCUGACAAGAUACAGGAGACUAAAGGUGGUCCGUCUAUUUAUUCAUUGGUAUCAGCAUUGAGGGAAUUAGAACAAAAAGCAGUUGCUGAUAAAAUAGAUAAGGAGAUCCAUCCUGCUUGUAAAAUUUUUGCUCCUUAUACCUCAAACCAAUUUCUUGUGACUGCAUUACCUCAGUUUACUGCAUUGUUGU